ACUACCGCGGUAGUCAGACGCUCCGUCCGCUUCGGGCAAAAUCACGUGGUGCGUGCGUUCACUCGGUGCUUGACAGUCAGUCUCGUGUAAAACGCGGUAGAAGUGGAGUUCUUCUUAAGUGAAGCGGUAUUGCUUAACUAAGUGAAAAGUUCCUUUUUUUUUCGUGACCAUCAUGGAGCCCUCUCAAGUUCACCAAUCUUCAGAAAACCAGAACACUUAAUUUUAUCCACCUAAUGAGAUGGAUACCAUCAAUUUCAUAGCAAAUCCCAGCGUCCAAGAGUUUUAUAAGGAAAAAAAUGUAAGGGACAGUAAAACAAAAGUACUACCCAUAGAGUUCAUGCCACCAGCGACUUAUGAACCCGUCCGCUUCAAAAUAGGCUCCUAUCACGCUGCAAUAGAUCAUAAUGAUUUGAAUGAUCCUUUCAUAGAUGUUUGGUUGAAAAGGAUGGUCAAACUCACUCCACGGGAGAAAUACAACCGCCCAAUGACUGUUAACACUGACCUAUAUAAGGGGGGUGCGCUCGGGGCGCCCCGCAUCACUCGCUCCCCGGUCGCCCGCCGCUCCGCCCAGCUGUGCUGCGCUGCGAUGACGCCCUCGCCCGUUCGACGCCUCGUGCUGCGCACCGGCAAGACCUGUCUCAAGGUGCUGCGGUCGCUGGCGACGCCCGCCAGGCGGCACCGCGCUCCCCGGGCGCUGCCCGCGGCGCAGGGCAAGGGCGCGCCGUCGCCGCUGGACGACGUCGCGGACCUGGAGGACCUGCAGAACCGCCUCAACGAGGCGGCCGAGCGCAAGGCGAGCGCCUGAGCUGUGCCUGAGCGGUGCCGCCCGCGCGCCCGCCACGUGCCUUAUCUACCUCAAGUGCCCAGCGCCGCCAUGGCUCGCUCCAGCCUCGGCUCUUGAACUGGCCUUCACCGCUCAGGAUUUGGGCUGUCGUUCCACUUGCUACGAUGUCAAUUCAAUCUGCUUUGAGUUUCUACGUCUAGUCAUGCAUUGUACGAGUAAAACUCUCUGAGUACUUUUUUUAUAAACGUGAUCAACUCUGACGAUUGACCAAAACUAAACUUUGUUUCAGUAAUGCUAGCUGUAGUGCUAAAAUGAUGAAACUGAAAUGCUCAGUUUUGAAGCUUUCUUAAUGUGGAGGUUAUUCCAUUUGGCUGUGAAAUAAUACACGUAGAGUUGCUUUGGUAGUUUUUGUCAGCUACAUGUCCAAGAAUAACUAUUACUCAUUUAGACCAGAAAAAAUAUUAAAUUAGAAAUAAAUACCCUUUUUUAAUAUUUAUCUUAGUGUAGUUUAUUGCAAUGUUUUAAAACAUUUUUCAUAUUUUCAAUUUCGAAUAAUAACACGGAUAAAAACACAUCUUCUAAUUAAUUUUAUUAAACUUCAUUUUUAAUUGUUUAAAUAACUUCACCCAUCUGUCUUGUGUACUUUCUAUUUAUUAUAGUUUUAUAUGUCAAUAUGUGCCUACUUUAAUAAUUAAAAGUGAAUUAUAGUAAUAAACAAUAGUGAGUAGAUGAGGGAUUUUAUAACAAGUAGCAAAGCUAUUUUAUAUUACGGGAGAACUUAUAUGUAAAUGAGUAAAUAAUAUAUAUGAAACAUGCUCAACAAAUGACUGAUAACUUAUGACGCGUGGGAGAUGUAAGAUAUGAAGAUGUAUAUAAGUAAAUGUACAAAAGUAUAUGUGAUAACAGACAAAUAAAAUCGUGUUACUUAAUAAAAUAAAUCUCGUUUUUUUUAUCAAUGACUUUCUCC